GAGAGUGAGGGCUGAUCUAGCCAAUCAGGCCUUAUACCUCAGCGUUUUGGCCUAAACGUGUGAUUGCUAAGUUGACAAAACUUCCCCCUGCAACCACAGUUAACAUAUCGGCGCGCAGCCGAUGAGGGAUACGACUCCUCUAGGAAAUCCUCCCAAUAUUCAACAAUUCCCCUACUGUCCAUCAAACAGUACCGAAAAAUGUGUCUCAUUCUGUUCCUUGGCCCUAAUUAUGAUGUUUGGCAUAUUGGCUCUUAACCCACAACUGAGACGCACCUGGUCCUGCUCAUUCGCAGGGGGAGGCGAAACGUAUUUCGAUGAUGUUGGGCAAUCGUGCUUCUCACAGUCAUGUGAGAUCGUUGUGUACCAAGUUUUUGUUGAGCCGUCCUUCUGGGGUUUUACUUUCAACACCGUUUCGGGGGGGGGGUUACACCUAAACGUUUAGGUUAGCAAUUCAACUUUCGAGUGCUAGAAACAGAAUACAAAUAUUGCAAGCUUUAACUGUAUGCUUGUGGAUUUACUUCAAGGAAGAAAUAUUAUGGGGUUUGCUGUGAAUGUGAAGGCACAGCUUCAAAAUAGGUUCCGGCUCCGAUGCUGUUUAAGAUCAACAUUUAUAUAUCUACUAUG